UUCCAUGGAUAGCGUUCCAUUGGCUGCUCUUGCAAGUAACCUCGCAGUCGGUAUCGAACCACGACGAACGAAAGUUGUCAUUCUGUGCGUCAGAUUCCGGAAAAUUGUUUAAGCAACAAUCGACGUUGCCACACCCCGUGGCCAUUUUGGACAGAAGCGAUUGUUCCACGAACUCUGUACGAUAAAUAACGUUCACUAUGGAUCAGAUCACACCCAAGGAGGUGAAAAUCUUGGAAAAUCCUGAGGAUAUUCAGGAGAGACGAGAACAGGUCCUGAGUCGGUACGCGAACUUUAAGACAGAAGCUCGUAAUAAGAGAGACAAGCUUGAGGACUCCCGUCGCUUUCAGUAUUUUAAGCGAGAUGCGGACGAACUCGAAGGAUGGAUUUACGAAAAACUGCAAGCUGCUUCAGACGAAAGUUACAAGGAUCCAACGAACCUUCAGGCGAAGAUACAAAAACAUCAAGCGUUCGAAGCAGAGGUUGCAGCCCAUUCCAAUGCCAUAGUGUCGCUCGAUAAUACUGGAUCAGAGAUGAUAGCCCAACAUCACUUUUCAAGCGAUGUCAUUCGUAAACGAUUGGAGGAUCUUCAUCGUCUGUGGGAGUUGUUGCUCGCUCGACUGGCAGACAAGGGUCUUAAACUGCAACAAGCACUAGUUCUUGUUCAAUUUCUUCGGCAUUGUGACGAAGUAAUGUUCUGGAUCCAUGACAAAGAAGCAUUUGUAACAACCGAUGAAUUUGGACACGACUUAGAACAUGUUGAAGUACUUCAGAGGAAAUUUGACGAAUUUCAGAAGGAUAUGGCUAGCCAGGAAUACAGAGUGACAGAAGUAAACGAGCUGGCGGACAAGCUUCUCUUAGACGGACAUCCUGAACGCGACACUAUCCUGCGCAGAAAAGAGGAACUCAAUGAGUCCUGGCAAAGAUUAAAACAGCUUGCUGUUUUGAGACAGGAAAAACUGUUUGGCGCGCAUGAGAUCCAGAGAUUUAAUCGAGACGCGGAUGAAACAAUGGCUUGGAUCGCGGAAAAAGAUGUCGUCCUUUCGUCAGACGAUUUUGGACGCGAUCUCGCGAGCGUACAGACAUUACAGAGAAAACACGAGGGAAUCGAACGCGAUUUGGCAGCUUUGGAAGACAAAGUGUACACACUGGGAGCCGAGGCUGAUCGUCUGGCAGCCAUUCAUCAGGCGGAUCAUUCAAAACAGAUUCAAGCCAAACGCGCUGAGAUUUUGCAAUCGUGGGAAAGUCUUACCGCGAAAGCAAAAGAACGACGCUUAAAACUCGACGAGUCUUACUAUUUGCACAGAUUUUUGGCAGACUACAGAGAUCUGGUUUCAUGGAUGAACGAUAUGCGCGCGAUUAUAUCCGCGGACGAAUUAGCCAAAGACGUAGCUGGCGCGGAGGCUCUCGUUGAGAGACACCAAGAACAUAAAGGAGAAAUCGAUGCUAGAGCCGAUAGCUUCGAUGCAACCACAUUGGCUGGUAAUAAACUCCUGGAAAAGAAACAUUACGCUGCAGAGGAAGUAGCUAUAAAGUUAAAUUCUCUCGCGGAAGAUAAGCAAUCACUCUUGAGCCUUUGGGAAAAACGAAGAAUUUUGUAUGAACAGUGUAUGGACUUACAGUUAUUCUAUCGUGACACAGAACAAGCGGACGCAUGGAUGGCCAAACAAGAAGCGUUUCUUGCGAACGAAGAUCUGGGAGACUCUCUCGACAGCGUAGAGGCUCUUAUCAAGAAACACGAAGAUUUUGAUAAAUCUUUGGCGGCACAAGAAGAAAAGAUCAAAGUGUUGGACGAUUUCGCCGGCAAGCUAAUCGAAGGGGAACAUUACGCGGCGGACGACGUGGCUCAAAGACGUCAAUUUCUGUUGGAGAGACGCGCUAUUCUCUUGGAGAAAUCUGCUCAGAGAAGACGUCGCCUGGAAGACGCGUACAAAUUGCAGCAAUUCGAACGCGACUGCGACGAAACGAAGGGUUGGGUCAACGAGAAACUGAAAUUCGCCACCGACGACAGCUACUUGGAUCCCACGAAUCUAAACGGGAAGGUGCAAAAGCAUCAAAACUUUGAGCAAGAAUUGAAUGCCAAUAAAACUCGCAUGGAGGAGAUGGUAGCCACUGGUCAGGAGCUGAUCGAAAGCGAUCACUAUGCCAGCGAUCGAAUUCGUACACGCACCGAUGAGAUCAUGAGACUAUGGGAAUGUCUUACGCAUGCCACCGAAAAGAAAGGCGCGAAAUUACAAGAAGCUUCUCAACAACAGCAAUUCAAUCGUACCGUCGAGGACAUCGAACUUUGGCUGUCGGAGGUCGAGGGUCAACUUAUGUCAGAGGACUAUGGCAAAGAUUUAACCAGCGUGCAAAAUCUUCAGAAGAAACACGCACUGCUCGAGGCAGACGUCGCAUCUCAUUCGGACCGAAUUGAGGGUAUAACACAGGCCGCGGAGCAGUUCAUCAAAUCGGGUCAUUUCGACGCGAACAACAUUAAAGUAAAGCAGGAUCAGUUGCAGGGACGAUACUCCGCUCUUCAGCGACCGAUGAGUCUCCGCAAACAACGGCUCCUUGACUCUCUCCAGGUUCAACAAUUGUUCAGAGACAUUGAAGAUGAGGAGGCAUGGAUUCGCGAGAAAGAACCGGUAGCCGCGUCCACCAACCGUGGCCGCGAUCUCAUCGGUGUGCAGAACUUGCAGAAGAAACAUCAGGCUGUGCUGGCAGAAAUAAACAAUCACGAGCCACGCGUGGCAGCCGUUUGCCAAGCAGGAGCUACUAUGCUCCAAGAAAAUCAUUUCGCCGCUGAGGAAAUCAGUCAACGAUUGGCUGCUUUGGACGAGCACUGGGGACAACUGAAGGAGAAGGCUCGUCAGCGCAAGAACGAUUUGGACGAUUCUCUCCAGGCGCAUCAGUACUUUGCGGACGCAAACGAAGCAGAGUCCUGGAUGAAGGAGAAGAGACCCAUCGUUAUGAACGCAGACUACGGAAAAGACGAGGACAGUUCCGAGGCUCUCUUGAAGAAACACGAAGCAUUGGUCAGUGACUUGGAGGCGUUCGCCAGCACUAUAGCAGCGCUCAGAGAUCAGGCUGCGUCCUGUCGCCAACAGGAAACGCCCACUAUCGACAUUACCGGCAAAGAAUGCGUCGUUGCUCUGUACGACUACACCGAAAAAUCACCGCGUGAAGUUUCUAUGAAGAAGGGCGACACUUUGACGCUCUUAAACUCCAACAACAAGGACUGGUGGAAGGUCGAAGUUAACGACCGUCAGGGCUUCGUUCCAGCCGCGUACGUGAAGCGAGUCGAGCCCGAAGCGGGACUUAGCGCUUCCCAGCAGAAUUUAGCCAGAGAACAGAGCUCCAUCGCUGCCAGACAAUCGCAGAUCGAAGGCCAGUACGACGAUCUAUUGAGACUAGCGCGUGAACGACAGAACAAGCUGAACGAGACGGCCAAGGCUUACGUGCUGGUGAGGGAAGCCGCGGAACUGGCCACCUGGAUCAAGGAUAAGGAGAAUCACGCUCAGGUUCAAGAUGUUGGCGAAGAUUUGGAACAGGUGGAGGUCAUGCAGAAGAAGUUCGAUGAUUUCCAGGCGGACUUGAAGGCAAACGAAGUACGAUUAGCUGAAAUGAACGAGAUCGCAGUUCAGUUGAUGAGCCUUGGUCAAACGGAGGCGGCAUUGAAGAUUCAAACGCAGAUACAGGAUCUCAACGAGAAGUGGACCAGCUUGCAGACACUUACCGCCGAGCGGGCGAAUCAGUUGGGCUCGGCCCACGAGGUUCAGCGAUUCCACCGUGACGUCGAUGAAACCAAAGACUGGAUUCGCGAAAAGGACGCGGCGCUUAACAACGAUGACCUUGGAAAGGAUCUGCGCAGCGUACAGGCCUUACAACGCAAGCACGAAGGCCUCGAAAGAGAUCUGGCUGCUCUUGGAGACAAGAUCAAACAGUUGGACGAGACUGCUCAACGUCUGAUGCAGUCUCACCCUGAAACCGCCGAGCAGACUUACGCCAAGCAAAAGGAGAUCAACGAAGAGUGGACCCAGUUGACGGCGAAAGCCAACAGUAGGAAGGAAAAGUUAUUGGAUUCUUAUGAUUUGCAACGGUUCCUCAGCGACUACCGAGACCUGAUGGCUUGGAUCAAUUCGAUGAUGGGUCUGGUCGCCUCCGAGGAGUUGGCUUCCGACGUCACCGGCGCGGAAGCUUUGCUCGAACGUCAUCAGAAUCACAGAGCAGAGAUAGACGCACGAUACGGCGUACUUCCGGAGGAACAUCGAAUGGAGAUCGAUGCCAGAACAGGUACCUUCCAAGCAUUCGAACUGUUCGGCCAGCAGCUUCUGCAAUCUAGCCACUAUGCCAGCGUGGAGAUUCAGGAAAAACUCGAGUCCAUGGCCGAGGCUCGUCAAGAACUAGAGAAGGCAUGGAUUCAACGGCGCAUGCAACUCGAUCAGAAUCUGGAGCUGCAACUGUUCUGCAGAGACUGCGAACAAGCCGAGAACUGGAUGAGCGCGCGAGAAGCGUUCCUGAGCAGCGCUGACACCGUCGACAGCAGCGAUAACGUCGAGGCUCUCAUCAAGAAGCACGAGGACUUUGACAAAGCGAUCAACGCUCACGAGGAAAAGAUCGCCACCUUGCAGACAUUGGCUGAUCAGCUGAUCGCCGCCGAACACUAUGCCGCCAAGCCAAUCGAUGAGAGACGUUGUCAAGUCUUGGACCGCUGGAAGCACCUGAAGGACGCUCUCAUCGAGAAACGUUCCAAGUUGGGAGAGUCCCAGACUCUGCAGCAAUUCUCGCGUGAUGCCGAUGAAAUGGAGAACUGGAUCGCCGAAAAACUACAGCUGGCCACCGAAGAGAACUACAAAGACCCAGCGAAUAUACAAUCUAAACAUCAAAAACAUCAAGCCUUCGAAGCAGAGUUGGCUGCGAAUGCAGACAGGAUUCAGUCGGUGCUCGCGAUGGGAGGUAACCUUAUCGAGAAGCAUCAGUGCGCAGGGUCGGAGGACGCCGUUCAGAAGAGGUUAGCCUCAAUUGCCGACCAGUGGGAAUACCUCACCCAGAAGACCACGGAGAAAUCCAUGAAAUUGAAAGAGGCUAACAAGCAACGCACGUACAUAGCCGCCGUGAAGGAUCUUGAUUUUUGGCUCGGCGAAGUCGAGAGUUUGCUCACGUCAGAGGACGCGGGCAAGGAUCUAGCUUCCGUGCAAAAUCUGAUGAAGAAGCAUCAGUUGGUCGAGGCCGAUAUCCAGGCACACGAGGAAAGGAUCAAGGACAUGAACGCACAGGCUGACUCUCUGAUCGAGAGCGGACAAUUCGACGCAGCCGGCAUCCAAGAAAAACGACAGAGCAUAAACGAACGUUACGAGAGGAUCCGUAACUUGGCCGGUCACAGACAGGCCAGACUUAACGAAGCCAACACUCUGCAUCAGUUCUUCAGGGACAUCGCUGACGAGGAGUCGUGGAUCAAGGAGAAAAAGCUGUUGGUCGGAUCGGACGAUUACGGUCGCGAUCUUACCGGGGUUCAAAAUUUGAAGAAAAAGCACAAGAGGCUGGAGGCCGAAUUAGGUAGCCACGAGCCCGCCAUACAGGCAGUUCAAGAGGCUGGCGAGAAGCUAAUGGACGUCUCUAAUUUAGGCGUGCCUGAAAUCGAGCAACGCCUCAAGUUGUUGAACCAGGCAUGGGCGGAAUUAAAACAAUUGGCCGCCAAUAGAGGUCAGAAAUUAGACGAAUCCUUGACGUAUCAACAGUUCUUGGCCAAGGUCGAGGAAGAGGAGGCUUGGAUCACGGAGAAGCAACAGUUGCUGUCGGUGGAAGACUAUGGUGACACUAUGGCCGCCGUGCAAGGCUUGUUGAAGAAGCACGACGCAUUCGAGACCGAUUUCGCCGCUCACGGUGAACGCUGCAAGGACAUCUGCGAUGCCGGAGAAGCUUUAAUCAAAGCUGGCAAUCAUCGUGCGGACGCCAUCGGUCAAAGAUGCGCCCAGCUACGCAACAAAUUGGAACAACUCGGUGCUCUCGCGGCUAGGAGGAAGACUCGACUCAACGACAAUUCCGCUUACUUACAGUUCAUGUGGAAGGCGGACGUUGUCGAGUCCUGGAUCGCUGACAAAGAGACCCACGUGCGUUCGGAGGAGUUUGGCCGCGACUUGUCCACCGUUCAGACACUGCUCACCAAGCAAGAGACUUUCGACGCGGGUCUACAUGCAUUCGAACACGAGGGAAUUCAGAACAUCACUUCCCUGAAAGAAAUGCUGGUCGAUUCUGGACACGAUCAGACGCCCAGCAUUCAGAAACGUCACGCAGACGUGAUCGCACGCUGGCAGAAGCUUCUAGCUGACUCCGAUUCAAGAAAGCAACGUCUGCUGAGAAUGCAGGAUCAGUUCAGACAAAUCGAAGAGCUGUACCUGACAUUCGCCAAAAAGGCGUCGGCUUUCAAUUCGUGGUUUGAGAACGCGGAGGAGGAUCUGACCGACCCUGUGCGCUGCAACAGCAUCGAGGAGAUACGAGCGCUCAGAGAAGCUCACGCGCAAUUCCAAGCAAGCUUAUCCUCGGCCGAAGCGGACUUCGACGCACUCGCGGCUUUGGACAGACAAAUCAAGAGCUUCAACGUCGGUCCCAAUCCGUACACUUGGUUCACAAUGGAAGCGUUGGAAGAUACCUGGCGGAAUCUGCAGAAGAUAAUCAAGGAACGCGAUGUUGAGCUUGCAAAGGAGGCUCAACGUCAAGAAGAGAACGACAAAUUACGCAAAGAGUUUGCUAAGCACGCUAACGCGUUCCAUCAAUGGUUGGCAGAGACAAGAACAUCCAUGAUGGAAGGUUCGGGAUCAUUGGAACAACAAUUGGAAGCUACAAAAAGAAAAACUCAAGAGGUACGCGCGCGUCGCCAAGACUUGAAGAAGAUCGAAGACUUGGGUGCAAUUUUGGAAGAGCAUUUGAUUCUGGACAAUCGUUACACGGAACACAGUACAGUAGGAUUGGCCCAACAGUGGGAUCAAUUAGAUCAGUUGGGAAUGCGUAUGCAACAUAAUUUGGAACAGCAGAUACAAGCGCGUAACCAAUCCGGAGUUUCCGAAGAUGCUCUCAAAGAAUUCUCCAUGAUGUUCAAGCACUUCGACAAAGACAAGAGUGGACGUCUCAACCACCAAGAGUUCAAGUCGUGUUUACGGGCACUUGGUUACGAUCUGCCGAUGGUGGAAGAAGCCCAGCCCGAUCCGGAAUUCGAAAAUAUUUUGGAUAUCGUCGAUCCUAACAGAGAUGGUUAUGUAUCGUUGCAAGAGUACAUGGCAUUUAUGAUUAGCAAGGAAACCGAAAACGUGCAGAGUUCUGAAGAAAUAGAAAACGCUUUCCGCGCUAUCACCGCCGCAGAUCGACCAUACGUCACCAAGGAGGAAUUGUAUGCUAACCUCACCAAGGAGAUGGCCGAUUAUUGCGUUGCUCGCAUGAAACCUUACGUCGAUCCGAAGACGGAGCGACCGAUUACAGGAGCAUUGGAUUACAUUGAAUUUACUCGUACUCUUUUCCAAAAUUAAUUCCAGUUACGUAAAUUAUUCUCUUUUUAAUAUAGCUGUUAUUAAAUUAUAGGAGCAAAAACGUGGGACACGUACUUGUUUUAUUAAAUACCUUGCUACUUUAAGUAGAUAUAUGUGUAAUUGAUAUAUUAUGCAUUGUUAAUCUUCAUAUUAUUUAUAACACGCCUCACAUAGUUGGCUCAUAAUGUUUGAUAUAUAAAGUAUUUAUGAGCAAUUUUAAGAAAUAAAUUACGUAUUACACCA